UCCAUUAUUUUGCUCCUUCAAUUCUUCUUUUUCUUCCUCUCAAAUACUCAAUACAUCUAUUCUCCUAAACAUACUGCAAUUUCCCGGGGAGGGGGGGAAUUCAGAGAGACUAGAAAAUAUGAAUAUAUCAGAACAAAGUUUUUUCAAUAUAAACACUACGAUGACGACGACGACUUGUUUGUUCUUUCUCUUCAUUUCUUUCUCCACUACUACUAUUAUCUUCUCCUCCGGCGACAAGGAAGCCGCCUCUGUUUUCCCGUUUAUUUUUGCAGCCGCCGUUGUGGUGGCCGGAUUCAUUGUUCUGGCCGUCCGAACCACCGUUGUGGCGUGGAUAACGGUGGUUGUACUCCUAGCUUUCGUCGGGAAACGACGCCGUAUUCUUGCUAAGGACGGGAAGAAGAUUACGUCGGAGGUGGUAGUGUAUGUGGUGAAUGAAGUGAUUAAGGAGAAGGGAUUUGUUGCAAUUUCUGGGGUUGUGAUUUUGGGAUUAAUCGCAACGGCGCUUUUAUGAGUGCAUUAAUUUACUAUUAACUCUGUGGAAAAAAAAAUUACUAUUAACUCUCACUAAUUAUUCACAAUUUUAAAUUCACUUUUGGCAUGGAGUACAUGAUUUUUUUUUAUUCGGAUCUUGGGCUAAAACUUUGAUAGAGCCAAGUUCAUCAAAGUGUACAUCUUCUUUUUUUCUGAGAUAUU